AUGCUGCUUCUAGCUUCCGCUUUUUUUCUAACGCUACUGCAGUGCUCUAAUGCCCAAAACAGAACAAGCAUUACAUCUGCAGACUGUAAUACCACUGAAACAGAUGCAGGAAUGGCCCUGGAUUUGGUCAACGGACAUUGCAGAGAUGGCUAUGUUUUUGGUUUAUUCCACAUUGCUGAUGUACAAGAACUACAUAUAGGAAAUUCAUCAGUCCUCUACUUAACUUUGGAUGUGCUGGAAACUGAAUGCUCUGUACUAUCCAGAAGACACUGGGAGUCUUGUGAGUACAGUGACACCUAUUCCAUGGACUUUGGGCAAUGUAAGAUUAUCACAUAUACAAGCCAGCUGCUGAAGAAACCUCAACUAUAUGGAUUUAACUGUACAUUAAGUCCAGUUCCUCCUUUAUUAGAGUGCAAAGAUUGUCCUGUGAAAGUUGAAGUCUUAGAAAUCACCGAGCAACAUAAGAAUAUUGCUGCCAAGGCUCUGGAGAAAUUGAACAGUGAGGGUAAACACACAAACUACUUUGACAUGGACAAAGUUUAAAAAAUUUUAAAGAUGACGGCCUCCUGUGAAGGUCACGUUUUAGGAUUCUCUAUAAAAGAGACCAACUGCGCCAAAUCCACACAACAAGCAGAUCAGGCAUUGGAAUGUGAUUUUCUGGAUGACUGGCACGCUCAUGUGGGAUUCUGGAAGGCACAAAUUAUCAGUAAUCCAGACGAACCUGAUGGAACAGAUAUAAGCUGUGAAAUCUACCAUCCCUGGCAGUAUGACUAUGGGCAAAGAUGCAGAUAUUCAACUCUGGGACAGCCACAGAGACCCCAUCCCCAUCAUCAUUUUGGUCACAGGCAUCAUCACAGGCAUGGAUAUCCACCCGCUUCUCAAUCCAGACCUGAAGACCCUGAGCAUAACCAUAGUUUCAAUGAAGAACAUCAAGACAGACAUGAAGGACCUGCUCCUCCUUCUUCCCCCCACAGGGGACCACAUCACCACCUUCACCCUGCACACCAUUGUCCUCCACCUCCUCCCCACAGUGGACCACAUCACCACCCUCCUCCCCAUCAGGAAUCAUAUCAUCCCCCUUCCAUUCCUCCUCCCCAUGACGAACCACAUCAUCCUUCUUCUUCCCAAGAGGAAUUACUUCAUCUCCCAUCUCCUCCUCCUCCCCUUCAUGAACCACAUAAUCCUCCUCUUGGUCCCCAUCAUGGACCACACUGUCCUCCCCCUCCUCAUGGACCAUAUCACCACCAUCCUCCUCCCCAUGAUAGACCACAUCACCCUCCUCCUCCAGGACACACUCUUCAUCUCUAUCAUCACUAUUACAGACAUCACUGCAACAAGACAAGAAUAUUGGGAAAGUACUUUCCAUUCCAAGUAACAGGAGCUGUCUAUUGCAUUCCAGUUCUAAAUCAGCAGGAUUCUCUCACAUGUCCCAGUGCAAACUUUCUUGAGCUAUCCCAAAGCAACCCUCAAUCCUUCAGCACUGGUGAAGGUAUUCCCUUCACUAGCUCAAGUCUAAAGGAGAUGCCAGAAACUUUGGGUUUUCCAGAUCACCCUACACAGUCAAAACCAUGCCCAGGAACCCCCAAACUUGUUCUUCCAAAAAUUUUGGCUUUAUUUCCAUGCAGCUCCAUGGCAGAAAAUUCUCUUACAUGA